AUGACUAAUACUCUUGAAAGCUUUACAGAUGUUCUGGGUGAUGAAAUUGGUAACUCCCAGCCGUUGUCUUUGCCGUCUUCUACUGAAAGUAGAGGUUUCCCUGUGUCUGUCAAUAAUAAUCCUAUUAAUACUACGAAUACCAAUGUUGGAGUUACAGGACGCCCUUCUAAAUGUACUGGACAGCAUGGACAAUUCAGGAGUGUGGAGGAAAUAGACCCUAAAUACCGGGAAGUAUUUUCGUAUCCCUAUUUCAACUUAGUGCAGUCUAGAGUUAUAGAAGAUGCAUUAUAUUCAGACAAGUCUAUUGUUGUAUGUGCACCGACUGGAUCAGGGAAGACCGUUGUCUUUGAAAUGGCUAUAGUGCAGCUUUUGAUGGAACUAGAGAACAAACAAUGCACUGAAGAUUUCAAAAUUAUAUAUAUGGCACCAGUGAAAGCGCUAUGCACUGAAAGAUUAACAGAAUGGUACUCAAAGUUCACGAAGCUCGGUUUAAUGUGUAUCGAAGUUACUGGCGACACUGACGUAGAUUUCACGCAGCUUAAACCUUACAAAAUAAUAAUAACGACUCCAGAGAAAUGGGACAUGUUGACACGUCGUUGGCGAGACCACUGCGGUUUGGUCGAGGUGAUCAAGUUGUUCCUGAUCGAUGAGGUUCAUAUACUGAACGAUGAGACCAGAGGACCUGUGUUGGAAGCUGUUGUAAGCAGGAUGAAGACUAUUGAAAGUUCAGCCCAAUCAGUCCAUCGUAUAGAACAGCUUCAAAAAGAGAUACAGGGUGAAACAUUAUCCAACAAAUCACCCCCAAGGAUAAGGUUGGUCGCAGUGUCUGCUACGGUCAGCAACCCUGAAGACGUCGCUUCUUGGCUGGGAACUAGUGACAAACCUGCUGUGUUCUAUAAGUUCGGAGACGAGUGUCGUCCUGUGAAGUUGAAGCGUAUUGUAGAAGGGUAUCCCUGUGCUGAAGGGACCAGUAUCUUCAAGUUCGACAUCAUACUUAAUUACAAGUUGUGGCCCAUUAUACAGAAAUACCAUUGCGGAAAACCUACUUUGAUAUUCUGCAAUACUCGUAAGAGCGUAAUAUUGACGGCGGAGACUCUGUCCCGUGAGCUGACAGUUAGCUUCAACGCAGAACAAAAGGCGAAGCUAACUGCCCUAGCUUCUACAAUUAAGAACAAGACAUUACAGGCCUUAGUAAUGAGCGGUGUAGGUUGUCAUCACGCAGGCUUGUUGUAUGAGGAGAGACAGAACAUUGAGUUCGCUUUUAGAAACAGAGACCUACCGAUAUUAAUCACCACUACUACUUUGGCAAUGGGCGUUAAUUUGCCUGCACAUCUAGUCAUCGUUAAGAACACCCAGCAGUAUGUCAAUGGAGCUUAUCAGGAGUACAGUAUAAGCACAGUACUACAGAUGGUGGGUCGCGCCGGCAGACCGCAGUUCGACACUGAAGCCACCGCUGUCAUCAUGACACGCCUCGUCGACAAGCCUCGUUACCAAGCGCUGGUGGGUGGAUGCGAGCCUUUGCAAAGUUUUUUGCACAAACGUUUACCAGAGAAUCUGAACAGUGAGGCGGCUUUAGGCACUGUCGGGGAUGUUGCCCAGUGUGUACAAUGGCUGCGUUCUACAUUUCUGUAUGUCCGCGCUGCAAGGGAUCCUAAGAAGUACCUCGGAUUACCACAAAAUUCACCUCAACAUCAAAUAUCCAAGAAAAUUGAGGAACUAUGUGUUAAAGCAAUGAACAGUUUGGCUUCCUCAGGACUUAUUACAAUGGACGAAGCUAGCUGUAUCGAGUCCACUGAGGCUGGACGACUUAUGUCCAUAUUUUAUUUGGACUUGGAAACUAUGAAGCUGAUUAUGAAGGUCGAAGGUUCAGAAACCUUAGAGCGUCUCCUGGCAUUAAUAUGUGAGAGCCACGAAUUAGCAGACAUGCACCUUCGAGUAGACGAACGAAGAUGUUUGAACCUUCUGAAUAGGAACCAAGCUGCAGCUACUAUUAGAUUUCCUAUGAAAGGCAAAAUCAGCACGCGCCAAAUGAAACUUAAUUGCAUCAUUCAAGCCGUCCUCGGUUGUCUACCGAUUCCCGAUCCGUCUCUCAAUCAAGAGGCUAUGAAAAUUAUAAGAACUGCUGAUAGAGUUUGCAAAUGUCUAGUAACAUACGUCACACGCCCAGACUUAGUAUCUCAACAGCCGAUGUUCUACUCAGCUGUUCUAAACUCGAUACUGCUCGCGAAGUGUAUAUCGGCACAUCUUUGGGAAAACUCGCCAUAUGUGAGCAAACAGCUAAAGGGCAUUGGACCGACUUUCAGUACACUACUCGCAACAGCUGGUAAAGUUAAUUUCAUUCUGUUAGAAGAAAGCCAUCCACGGGACUUGGAACGGAUAAUGAAUAAAGGAGCCCCAGCUGGCAAUGUUCUUCGCAAACAAAUUAGUCUACUUCCAAAGUACCAACUGACAAUGAUACCAGUAGAUGAGAAGACCGUUACCCUACAGCUCUUGCUUAUCAACCAAGCUUACUUAGCUGAGAACAUGGAGAAUUUGACGGCCGGAGAAAGACACAAAAGUUACAUCAUUGUGGGGGAUUCUAAUAACCAUCUCUUGCUGUUGGCUACCUUCAAGGACAAAGAUUUAAUAAGCGUUUUCGAUGGCAUUAUUAGUCAUGAAAUAAGGCGCAAACACAAUUUUGAACACAAAAUAUUUGCUCAUUGCGUUAGCUCUUCUUUUGGUGAGUAUUUUCUGCUUUUACUGCCUACUAUUUAUCCUUAUAACUGGAUAACUAUUGAAUGGGUGAAAUUAUUUAGAAUUUUGGUUUACUUUGUUUCAGUGGGUAUCGAUGCUCAGGCAGAAUAUUUGUUCAACAACUUAGAACCAUUUCUGACAGGACCAAACACACAAAAUAGCAGUAUUCAAAAGAAUCCAGUGUCUAAUAAAAAAGUAACUGAGCGCCAAACAUGCAUAACUGAUACAUUUAAAGAACGUAAAAGGAAAAAUACUGAUGCCAUAGAAAAGUCUAAAGAAAAGAAGAAACGUGAAAGUGCUAUGAUUGAGAGUUUUAAAUAUCUCAAACGGUCGUUUGAAACUGCGUCGAAAAAUGUAAAUCAAAGUGUCAAUCACCAAAUGAAUACAAAUAAAGAAAGCACAAAUAAUAUCACAGUUGGGCACUCAGAACCGAGUAAAUCGAAUUGUCAAGACAUUGGAAAUACAAAACAGAAUAAUACACCAAAUCCUGCAACAAUUCUUAAUGUGUGUCCCGAAGAAAUGGAUAGCGAUGAGUUUAUCGAUGAAAGAAAAAUUGACAGUAUUCUAAACGAAAUUGAAAACGAAAUGAAUAAAGGCAAACCAAAUUCCAACGAUAGCAAAGCACGCUUUUGUGAUAAUGUUAAAACUGCUUUUAAUAAAUCAACACAUAGUCUUAACAGUAUGACUAACUUGUUUCCUACCACAAAAUCUACUAAUUACUCUACUAAUGCAAUUAGAAAACGUAAACCUGUAACCACAAAAUCCAAUUACAAUUUUAUUGAGUUAUUGGAAAGGAAACUCAGUUUAAGUGAUAAUGAAGACGUAAUAGAGGUUCCACAAAAAGACAACGGAUUUUCGGACACUAUAAAGAAUCAUAUACAAAAAUACUUGACCAAAACAAAAGCUACAAUUCCUGAUAAAAAUUUAGAGAUUUUAACAAUAUUAGAUGAUCCACGAAACGAAUUACCGGAUGAUAGAGAAAUGAAUCGAACUCUUCUACUUGAAGAAUUACCAAAUCCCGUACGUGAACCAUGCCCUAAAUACGAGAUUAAAGAAAUAUUAGGCCAAAGUGAUACUAUACAAAACAGGAAAGUUCAAAAAGCAAACAACACUGAUUGUUAUAUAGAUGUUAAUGAUUGUGAAACGAUCGAAAACAAAGAACCUGAAAGAGAACUCCUUAACUAUAAUACAAACAUGAAACAAUUAACGGAUUUUAGUGAUAAAAGCAUCAUAGUGUUGGAAGAUGAAAAUUAUAAAACUGAUAAGACUAACGAUAAACAUUACGAAGUAAAAGAUAAUUACAUGGAAGUUAUAGAAAGUAAGAAUGAUACAGCAGUAAAUAAUUGUAAUGAAAUGAACCAAAAUGAUGUACAAUUCAUAGAAAAUGAUGAACACCUUGAGAUUGAACCAAAGUCGAUGUACAAAACAGAUGUUAUUCUAAUCAGCCCUACAACUGGGAAAGUUCAAUGUCCUGGCAUUAAUAAUACAAAGAAUUCCACUAUAGAUAAAAUUUUAGACGUAAAUGGAAGUGUUUUAUCAAAACACAGCAUUGACACUGAAAGAGUUGAAGAUAAUUUUGACGAGUCCCUAAAACAUAUUCCAAGGCAAAUUGUUCCACUAAAUAUUAAUCAACUUGUAGCAAAUAAUAAAACAUUACUUACCGAUGGUGUAAAUAGAGAAUAUUUAGCCACUGACAUAUCUUCAGAUCAGACAGACUGCGCUCCAUCUGAAUCUUCGUUUAUCUCGCCUCCUUGCUCCAAUUUGCCUAACGAGACUCAAAGCACAUCAAAUUAUUUCUCAAAAAGCAUAGAAACAGAUCAAAGAAAAGCUAAAUUUGUUCAAAGAUUCACUUACGUUGCAAGUAAGAUAGACGUUUGUACCAAGCAAACUCCAGAAUAUAGUAUGCAAGUUAUCAAGAAAAUGAAAAUGGACGUAGAUAUAACAGCUAUAGUGUCCCGAAAGAAUGAUUCUUUUCAGAGUUCUAGGGCAGACUGUGAACAAACCUCAAAUGAUAAUAUUAAAAUGAUUGAACUACUGAAACAAAAUAACACUAACCGAGAGGAUGAUGAGAUCAUAUCCACAAGUAAUAAUGAAAGAAAUCAUAAAUCUAAUAUUAUCUUUCCACCUAUGCAUAUUUCAACGUUUGAUAGUUUAGCUAUGCUUCCCAAUGAGGGUAGCCUAAAUUUGAACAGUAAUGUGAAAAGCACCAAUAUAAAGGAAACUGUUCCUGACCAUAAUUUUAUGGGUACUAAAAAUUUAUCAAACGAUAACGUGAAUGAUGCAUUAUCUAAUAAUUCGGAGCAUUUAGAAGCAAACUAUAAAUGUGACAACUUAAGCGCAAAUAUAAGACAAACAGAAUCUGAAAAUGCUUGUGUUGGUGGAAAUAAAAUUCAAAAUAUAUUAGAAAAAUAUAGCAAGAAACUAUCAACAAAUUUAUCCAAACCUCUAACACCAAGUUGUUCAAACAUCACUAGACCUGGAUAUAACAGUGCACCCAAAAUUAAAACUAGAAAACCGUUUAAGAUAACUGAUCUACACAAAUUGCAUGCCACUAUACCCGAUACUAUCGUAGAAAGUAAAACAGAAGUUCAAAAAGAUUCAAAAUUACAAUCGCCAAAACUGAAUUUGUUUGUAGACGUCACGAAAAUACCAGAGAAAUUAAAUAAAAAUGAAUUUACGGAAAAGACAAGUAUGCAAUUACAAGACAUUUCAUAUUGUGGGUCUCUGAUUGAAAUGGAUUUAGAACCAAUUAAUGAAUAUUUAUCCCCAAAAAUAGACCUAGAACCCAAGGCCUACAAAAUAGAUCAGUCUAUGUUUAAUCCUAAAAAACUUUUGCAAUGUGUAGCUGAUGAUGGAUAUGAGAUAGUUCCUCCACCGCCAGAAUUCUGUGACGAUAUAUCUUAUUCACCUGAAGAGGAUUUUUCGACUUGUGGAAGAAAUGAAUUGCUUACAUCGCAACUUAAUGAUUUUACGAACAAUGAUGAGGCAUGCAAUGAAAACAUAUUCGACGAUAAUAUUGGUACUGAUCUAACUCCCUCAAGAGAAAUUGAGACUUGGGUCCUGUCUCAAGAAGACGACGAUCGCAAUUCUAACAUGUCUUUGAAUAUAAGUCCCGCUAAAUCGUAUACAGUGAUGCGGAAAAAUUGUAGUAACAACAGUAAUUUCUCCUACAAAAAUAUAAUGUCGAGACAUGCCAAAUUAGGACAGUUUAGAUUCAGUCAAAAAAAUAAAUUUAAAACCAAAAAAUGAUUAAAAAUAAAUAUUGAUUUGAGC